AGACGAUCGAAACUAUAAAUUGUUGUGAAUAUCCUGUACUUAAUCGCCUUGAGGUAGAACGAGGCGUUGGAAUUAAGAAAAAACAUCCAAGUCUUAUUUGUUUAUACAAACAAACUCAUCCUACUGCAGAAACAUAUUACUACUGGAUGGAACCGGAAUGGCUCUUGUGUAACAAUUGUUUCAUUCACAUGAGGGACUCAAAGAGUCCAUUUUCAAUUGUCUCCUGUGGCCAUCUCUUCUGCAGAAAAUGCUCUUCUGAAGUUGGAGAUAAAUGCUCAGUGUGCAAUACAAAUGGCAUUCAAUCCGUUUGUCUCACCAAGCCUUUCGCUCCAAUGGUUGCCCCUAUGUUCAACGAUAUCCUCGCAAUGGCUGAGAAAUUGGUCUUUGCUGCCAAAUUCCAGAAGUUUCAAUUGGAGAUUCUAAUGUUUCGUGAGGACCAAUUGAGCAAGAAGUAUUGUUCACUCAAGUCUACCUACUGGAAAAUUAACAGUGAGUUGAAUCAAGUGAAGCAAGAGUACAACUCAGUAAAGAUAGCAUACAAUGAGUUGAUGGUUCAGAAUAAACGAAGCUCUGUCCUCAUCAAGGAGACGCCUAAGUAUGCUCGAGUUAGAUUUGCUGAGAAAAAUACAAUUUUCGGCCACAAUCAGCCAGACCCUCGCAACAGGUUCUGUCCAGUAUCUGGUAACAUCUCUGAGGAUUCAGAUGCUUCUGGAUUCGGAGACAGACGAUCGAGAACUCCGAGGAUGGUUGAUGGAAUUUUCCGAGUGCCAGGAGUCCCCGCAAUUCCUAGAUCAGCAGGUAGUUCCACUACAAGCUCCAGGAUUUCCACUCCAAGCUGCGUGAAUUACGGUGCACAAAGCAGCGGAUAUGAAUCUAACACCAGUACCCACUUCCGACGUUAAGAGAUUCUCGUACUAUGACUAGAAAACUAAAGUCUCCCCGAAAGACACAAAGUCUUACUCAAAAAAAUAUUGACUUUUUUUUCAUUUUGAGUAUUUCAAACAUAAUUAAUUUUU